AUGGAUUAUGAUGUUUUUUGUUGUAGUGUUGGGGUGACGGGUAGAAAUGGGCGCUUUAUUAGGGCACUUAUAAGCUUUUUUAGACCAUUUUUUAUUUUUUAG